AUUCCACUUUCACCCUUUCUCUCUCCCAAAUUUUACACUUUACUCCCUCCUUUUCAUCUUCCAUGGCAGAAUCACACCCCAAACGCCACCGCGACGACGACGACCACCACUCCGAUAUCGAUACAACAAAACGCCAUAGAAAUUCUUACAUUAAUGAACAACAAGAAACCACCCAAGAUUUAUUCGAUUUCUUCACAACUCUCACUUCCGACCCAUUGCUUGAUUUCAUUCAACAACCGCAACCCGACCCGGAUAGCUCAAACCCUUCUGUCAAACAAGAACUUGACGAUGAUAAUGAUGAGAAAGAAAGGGUUAUUAGACACCUUCUAGAAGCUUCCGAUGACGAGCUCGGAAUACCCAGUAGGGUGGAGAGUGGCGACGGUGGCGGUGAUGAUGAGAUCAGCGGCGGGGGGUUUGAUGACUUUCCGAUGGCAUUUUGUGAUGGGUUGUGGGAGCUUGAAGACGAGGCUGCUAAUUAUUACACUUUGUUGCAGUCGGAACUUUUUAUGCAAUAGUAUUUUGUUUGGGGGUUAGAAAUGACAAUAUAGAUAUUUUGUGGGGGUGUGGAGGAAAAUGAGUUAGGGCAGGAAAGAAAUGGAUACAAGUUUUGAGAUUUUUCAUUUUGGACCCUCGUACUCUAUCAGACGGAAAUAUCCCUCAAGUAUCUAUGUUUAGAUAUAUUUAAAGCUUAGAAGAAAAUGUGCAUGAUUUCCUUUUAAAUUCUAUUUGUUUAGAUUUA